CCAACCAAUCCCCUGAGCUGUGGGGAUGGAGCCACAUGCAGUUUGCUCACAGACAAAGCCCUCUGCAAGCUCGAGUAUCUCCAUCAAAACUCUCAGGGCUGGUGGACCAUGGAGCUCCUCAUAAAUGUAAGAAAAUGGAUAGAAGAUAACAAAUCUGCCUUCUUGCCACCUGUGUGCAAUAAGCUUAUGCAUCGCCAUCAAUUAAGUGUGAUGUUUGUUGGAGGGCCAAACGAAAGGAAGGAUUAUCAUAUUGAAGAAGGAGAAGAGCUUUUUUACCAGGUUAAAGGAGAUAUGUGUUUGAAGGUAAUUGAAAAUGGGAAACGAAAAGACAUCGUCAUCCGAGAAGGGGAGAUGUUCCUCCUACCUGCCAGGAUACCUCAUUCUCCUCAGAGAUACGCAAACACCGUGGGUCUUGUAAUUGAGAGGGAAAGACUGAAGACAGAAAUUGAUGGGCUCAGAUACUACGUUGGAGAUUCAACUAAGGUCCUCUUUGAAAAAUGGUUUCACUGUGAAGACCUUGGCACCCAACUUGCACCAAUAAUUCAAGAGUUUUUCAGUUCAAGACAAUAUCAAACUGGAAAACCAAAUCCAGAUGAAAUCCUGAAAGAAACACCUUUCCCUCUAAAUUUGACCUCUGUUAUGGAGCCGUUUUCCUUCCAAGGCUGGUUAAAUGACCAUCGUGGUGAAAUCCAGCAGAAGAAAUCCUUGGGUCUGUUUGGAGAUAACUUCGAAACAGAGGUUAUAGCUUAUGGACCGGGAACAACUGAGAAAAGCAAGAAGAAUUCUGAUAUCUGGAUAUGGCAGCUGGAGGGCACAUCGACUGUUGCCAUGGAUGGUAAAACCCUAACUCUCUCUGCUGGUGACAGCCUGCUUGUCCGUGCCCAGACUAUGUACUACUGGAAAAGAACAGAAGAAUGUGUUGCUCUCUGCAUUGCUCAGGAUCCAAAGCGCAAGCAGCCUUAUUCCUAGCUCCUGUGUCAGCUGACUUGGAUGAUAACUAGGUUUUAACCUACUUGUCUUACCUUAAUGAUCUGUUAGGCAGAAUACCUGGAAAUGUGAUUAGUCGAAGCCAAUGAUUACACUGCAUUAUUGGAGUCAAGUGCUGUGUCCAGCUAAAACUUCCCCCCCCCCACCCCCCCAAGUAGUUAAAGUUUCAGCAAAAUCUGCAAUCGAUAAUUUUGUUUAAGAAACCAAACAGAACAAUAAUUCUGAUCUGACAGGAAAUGAAAACAGAUCCAAGUAUCACGAUUACUUAUAUCAUAAUGUGUAUGAUACUAUCUAGAAUAAGUGAAAGGCUUUUCAAAUGCAAGUGUCUGCCAUAAGAUGUAGACAAGGGGACAGGACACAUACUUUUAUGCUUGCUUAAGUAACAGUCUUCACUUCUUUGUCUCAGUCUUGUCAUUUCUAAUAAAUUGGGUAUAACAUUAGGUACCCAGCCCACAGUGGGGGAGCUUUAGUGGGCUGUAGCUUGCAGAUUUGCUGAGAAAUUUGGCUGAAAGGCCCUAUAAAAACCAAAAUACUGCUAGAAGAUCUCAGCACUUUGUGAAUGAGAGAAAGGUGCAUUAGUAAAGGGGGAAGCAGUACCUGCAGCAACAUCAAGCAUUGCUUGGAUCACUGCUACACUGACUUCAGGUAACAUCAGUUUACCAACUCCAGCAAUGCAAUAUCAAUCACAGUGACAUGCCACACACCCCACGCUGGCUGCUGCCUCUGCAUUAUGAAGAGCACAGCACUGCAAUACAACUAACACAGGAGCACCUGGGUCACGAGCAUCCCUGUGCAGCAGAAAUCUCAAGUCAAAAGUAGCCCAAGAAGUGUGUUUGGGAACAAGGGAGCAGAAAAAAACAUCGUAAUCGGUUUCUAAUUGCUGCUUCUUUUUGAACAAUGAUUUCUCUUGCAGAAAGAACAAGGGUCGGAUUUUCUUUUCCUGCUUUUAUUCCAGGAGCCCUCCAGAGGGGGGCUGGUUUGGUUUAGGGUUUGGGGGUUCUGGUUGGUUGGUUUUGGGUUGUGUGUUUGUUUUAAUUUGUCCUUCGCAUUAACACCAGCAAACAGGUUGCUCCAAUGUCUGCAGGUAUUACCAGUGACAUGUCAGAAAAAGCAAAAAGAUCCCAUUUCUUGAUUUAUUCUUUUUUCUGUAAUGCUAAUGAAGUUCAGAAAAUACAUCUAUCACCUGCAAAGCUUCUUAAAUUGGGAUGUUAUGUUCAA